GUACUUCUACUGCAUAUUUUAAUGUGUUUGUUUCAAAUAGAGCAAUAUUGCUCAAAACACCAUUUCCCAGAAUACAACAAGGUUGUGGAGCAUGUGGUUUACGGAAUAGCGAUUGGGGAAAAAUGCCCGGACACACGCGUUGCAAGAAUAUCACAAUGCUUUUUUUUUCUUCCUUUUUUCGUGAAUGUAUAUUACAUUUUAUUUUGUAACAUUUGUUCAUUAUUGUAACUGCACAUUUUAGGCUGUAAAUAUGGACCUACUACGAUUUGGAUACCAAAAUUUACGGGCUUCUAGAGGGAGGGGAAAAAUACAUGAUGUGACAUGAUGGAAGCAUGAAAGUUAGAUCCGUGUGCGUCAGAUUUAAAUCGUAGUUUAAACUCUAAACUGUUUCGACAAUUAUGCAGCGCAGUUUAAGUGCUUUUCCCGGGGGUGAUACUCUGUGGCUCAGCAGAUAACGUAGUCAUCCGACAAAUUUAAGGGGAAUUAAUUUUAUUUACCCCAAGGGCUACUUAAAUGCUUCAGUCCGUCUCCCUUGUCUACUGUAGUGUUAUGCAAGGCGUUUUCCCCGUAUUUAUUUGCCAAAUAUAGAAACCAUAGUUUCCUCCCACCAGGAGAUUUGGAGAUCUAAAAAUAAAAAUAAAAUUUGAAGCUAAAUAUUCACCCGAAUAAAAAUGGAUUAGAUUAGGCUAACUAAUGAGUCACAUAACCAAUUAAUAUAAAAAUUAAACAGCUACCACUAGAUUUUGAGGGCCCUCCGGCUCCCUUCCGAAGUUGACUUCACAGAUCGUAUAUAGCCACAAGGGGUAGGGCUUGAAAUCUUUACCUAGGAAUCGGGACACCACUCGCUUAUGAGCUGCCUGUUUUGCUCGGGAGUCCCUGGAAUAGUACAACAUGCUUAUAACACGGACAAGUCACUUUAACAUUACAACCUGAUUAUACCACUGACGUGUCCCUAGAAUAUUACAAAAUGUGGGGGUAUUGGGAUUGGGCCUUAAUUGUGAUGUAAUUCAGUCUCAUAAUGAACUGAAUAAAUGGGGGGGGAUGGACAUAAGAUUGUCUACCACUUGAUUUGAUGAUUGAUUGGUUGGAUUAAUGUUUUUGUCAUGGCAGGUCGCCACGGAGAAAUAUUACCUGCGGAAACACUGCACUGCAAGCAAAAUUGCACUCCACAGGAAAGGUCUGAGGAAACACGAGGUUGAAUUCGGUUGUGCGAAUGCAGUUAUGAUGAACGCCAGCCAAGAUUUGGAUUACAAUUAUGAGGGCUACUAUACUGAUGAUUACAGCCAUCAUUUUGCACCGUGCGAAAAGACGCACGUUAGGGCAUUCGGGAAAGUUUUUCUGCCCAUCCUUUAUUCAGUUGUAAGUAUACUUGGCGUUGUAGGAAAUGUAUUUCUAAUCAUUUUUUUGAUCAGGUCUACUAAGAACAAAAAGACUGUGUCUGUAUUCCUUCUAAAUAUGGCUGUCUCUGACAUCUUGUUUGCAUUAACUCUGCCCUUCUGGACUGCUUACAUCGUGAAACAUUGGAUCUUCGGUCUAAUUGGCUGCAAAGUUAUCACUAUGAUUUACACCCUGAACAUGUACAGUAGUAUAUUCUUCAUAACAUGCGUGAGCCUGGAUGCCUACCUGCAGAUAGUCUGGGGUGGCACCGCUCUGGCCGUACCUCCCUGGAGACUCGGAGCAUGUGCCCUGGUGUGGGUUCUCUCCCUGCUGGCCACCCUGCCCAGUGUGAUCUUCGUGGAUGUGGAGGAGAUUGAAGGGCAGAAGCGCUGUGUUCUCAGUUUUGGGGAGGGGGCAGUGUCACACCAGAAAAUAGCCCUGAGGUUCUUGCUCAUCAUCUCGGGGUUUCUCAUACCAUUCCUGGCCAUGGUCUUCUUCUACAUGCGCAUUUCGUGCGUUUUGAAUAAGUCGAACCCCGGUAAAAGGUCGACGCUGCUGAAGCUGGCCCUCCUCCUCAUAGCGGUAUUUUUCGUGCUGUGGUUCCCUUACAGUGUCGUCCUGUUCUUACACGCCUUGCAAGAUCUGCAUGUGAUUUCCGACUGUGCCACAAGCCACAACCUCGAUUUUGCUAUGCAAGGCACAGAGAGUCUCGCUUUCAUUCACGCCUGCCUCAAUCCCAUUUUGUAUGCCUUUGUAAACCGAAGGGUCCAAAGGAACAUAUGUAACGCCCUGAAGACAAUCUGCCAGAAAGGGAGAGAGAAUUCACUGGAGGCCUCGCGAAGCACGAGUCCAUUCACUGGGAUAGAGCUCACUACAGUACGGCACCUCACCUGUGACUAAACUGCAGUUAAAGGCCAUUUGUAUACAUAUUUUUUACUUGCCGUGUUUCUCAUGUUUUUAUUAUUACAUGAAGCAUUCAUAACAUGAAAUCAGUAGCUAUAUACAGUAUGUACACAGUAUGUAUACUAAUUCUCACAUUUACAGCUAUGUUACGUAUACUCCAUGUCUGCUACAGUAUAUGCAUAUUAGAAUUACAGAAUACCCCUGCCUUGCCUUUACUGUAAUAAGAAAUACUGCAUGCUGAAAUGUUUCACUGAUAUAUAUUUGUUAAAAACAUUUGCACUGCAGUGUGAGUGUGGACAGAAAGUGCAGAGAAAUGGGAAUGGAAGCUUUGGAUUGCAUAGGGCAGUGGAACCAUUGAGCUGUUGUACUUUUCUUUGUGCCGUUUGUCUGCAGUUGUACGCAGAUAUUUUCUCUUAAUGUACAUCUACUUGAAAAUAAUAACAAAUAAAUUCGUGCAGGUUUGGACGGCA